GGUUCACGGUGUUCACGUCCAGAUCAUUGAAAAAGGGCUGAUGCAAGUCUGCGUGUCCGAGUCCAAAUAUACUGCACCGGCAGACGCAUCUUGGGUUUAAUACCUAGUUUUGAAUCAAAGUCUCUAGUCUACCCUGCGCAGCGGCACCUGGACUGAUAAUGGCGACGGAUAUAACUAAAGGUGUGGAACAAGUCUCAGUUGGUGAGCUCUAUGUUUCCGAGAAAUGUGGCAGCGACCAGGAUGGAGACGGCUCGCAGCAGAAACCCUUCAAAACUGCCCUCAAGGCUCUGGUGUUCGCUGGGAAGGAGCCGUUCCCCACCAUCUAUGUAGACUCACCAAACGAAGGAGAGCGUUGGGCAGUGAUCUCUAAGACGCAGAUGAAGAACACAAAGAAGGCCUUUAACCGCGAGCAGAUGAAGACUGAUUCCAAGGACAAAAGGGAGGCAGAGGACAUCGAGAGGAGAGAGAAGAACCUGGAAGAAGCCAAGAAGAUCAUCAUUGAGAAGGACCUCAGCCUGCCUGAACCUAAACCGGUUAAAAUCCAUGAACUGGCAUCAAAGAGAGGUCAGAGAGUCAAAGUGUUCGGAUGGGUUCAUCGCCUCAGAAGACAGGGGAAGAAUCUGAUGUUCCUUGUUUUGAGAGAUGGAACUGGUUUCCUCCAGUGUGUCCUGUCUGAUAAACUGUGCCAGUGCUACAAUGGCAUGGUGUUGUCCACGGAGAGUACUGUAGGUUUGUACGGGACUGUUACUGAGGUUCCUGAGGGAAAACAGGCGCCCGGAGGCCACGAGCUGAACUGUGACUUCUGGGAGCUGGUUGGCUUAGCUCCAGCAGGCGGCGCCGACAACCUGGUGAACGAAGAGUCUGACGUCGACGUCCAGCUGAACAACCGACACAUGAUGAUCAGAGGAGAGAACGUCUCCAAGAUCCUCAGAGUGCGAUCCACUGUGACGCAGUGCUUCAGAGACCACCUCUUCGCCCGUGGAUACUAUGAGAUCACUCCUCCGACCCUGGUGCAGACUCAGGUAGAGGGCGGCUCCACGCUGUUUAACCUCAACUACUUUGGGGAACAGGCAUACCUGACGCAGUCCUCCCAGCUUUACCUGGAGACCUGCAUACCUGCACUGGGUGACACCUUCAGCAUUGCACAGUCGUACCGGGCUGAGCAGUCCCGCACCCGCAGGCACCUGUCUGAGUACACUCACAUCGAGGCCGAGUGUCCCUUCAUUAGUUUUGAUGAUCUGCUGAACAGACUGGAGGACCUGGUUUGUGACGUGGUGGACAGAGUGCUCAAAUCUCCCGCCGCUGAGCUGCUGUAUGACAUCAACCCCACCUUCAAACCUCCCAAGAGGCCAUUCAAGAGGAUGAACUACACCGAUGCCAUCGAGUGGCUCAAAGCACACAACAUCAAGAAGGAGGACGGCACCUUCUACGAGUUUGGAGAGGACAUUCCUGAGGCUCCGGAGAGGCUGAUGACCGACACCAUCAACGAGACCAUCCUGCUGUGUCGUUUCCCCGCUGAGAUCAAAUCCUUCUACAUGCAGCGCUGCCCCGAGGACAAACGCCUCACCGAGUCGGUCGACGUGCUGAUGCCAAAUGUCGGUGAGAUCGUCGGAGGCUCAAUGCGUAUCUGGGACGCUGAGGAGCUGCUGGAUGGUUACAAGAGAGAGGGAAUUGACUCAACCCCGUACUACUGGUAUACUGACCAGAGGAAAUACGGCACAUGCCCUCACGGUGGUUAUGGUCUGGGUCUGGAGCGUUUCCUCACCUGGCUGCUGAACAGACAUCACAUCAGAGACGUCUGCCUGUACCCAAGAUUCAUCCAGCGCUGCCGACCCUGAACACACACACAUGCUAUCAGCACAUCUGGACCUGACAUGUGGCAGCGCUCUUUGAGCCAUCAUAUAUUUCAAAAUAAAAGUAAUAGAAAACUACAAUAUGAAAUCAUAUAACCCUUAAUUCAAUAUUGCUACCUUUCGCAGCUUCAUUUACUGUAAUAGACUUCAUUUCUGAAGCUCAGCUCCUGUCCCACUCACUCGUUCUGUCGCUUCAAAACUAAAUCUGAUCAUUUCCGCCUCUGCUCGUGCUCUUAAUAAUCUAACCGGUAAUAAAAACACUGCAGUUUCCUGUUAUGAAAAAUAUAAGAAUGUCUCAAAUGUGGUCUUACAUGCUGUUAAAUAACCUUUUCCACCUUAAAUUAAAAGUCUCUUUUUUUCCCAGUGUAUUGUUUAUUAUAUUCAAAUUGUCCAUAGGAAUUGGUAGACAAUACCCUAGAAAUAUAGUUAACACAUGGAAAAUUAUAGAACAUACAAUUAAACAAAAAUAUAUAAGUUGAAUGAAGAAAAAUCUUGCUACACUGUCCAGCAGCCACAUUAAAUAUAUACCACUACUUCAAUAUUUGUUUGUUUUUGUCCCAGUAAUUGGCAUUUCUUCUCUUGUCAUUAGCUUUAAAAAGAUCAUAGUCAUAAUUAUAGUCAAAAAAAAAAUGCAGUGCCAAAGUUGUAUCGACAAAUCACACAAGCACAAGUUUCAACAUGUUCUGCUCUGUAUCAUGAUUAAAACAGCGCUGCCACACAGAUACUCUCUUCACUGUACUGUAUGACCAUCAUUCUAACUCUUGAGGCGGCUGGCUAAAGCUUAUUUCUGUCAAUGUUUGGAUCAAACUCCAAUUACAAAAACAACAAUGCCGCUUUUGUGCACUUUUCAUGUAUUCUGGAAUAUGUAACUUCUUUCAUAAAAGGAAAAAGUUGGCUCAGGAAAUCAAAGAUGGAUACAAAAACGUGGGCAGCGGUCUGUCCAUCAGAUGGUCGUCAUCGGUGGUUUAGAACUAUGAUGUGUAGGCUCUGAUUCUCAUCUGGUUGUUCCGCUGUGUCUUCUGAAAAAACUUCUCAACUCAAGCUGCACUUAAAUAAAACCUGAUUCAAACA